AUGCUGCAGAUGGUGAGGACGCUCGCCCAGUUCACCAUCGCGCUGGAGGACAUGAGAGAGAUGGGAGACAGCGCCGAAGCGUCGCCAGGGGACAGUGCGGAGGAGAUGCAGGAGAAGGAUUCAGCCGGUGGCGAUGGGACUGCGCACAUCACCGAGGAUAUGAGAAAACAUGUCUUUCUGACCCUCCAGGACACGGAGCAGUCAUACGUGGAGUCGCUGCGCACACUCAUGGAGGGUUACAUGAAACCACUGAAGCAUCCGGAGAACUCCAUCCUCUGUGACCCGUCUCUGGUGGAUGAGAUCUUUGACCAGAUCCCAGAGCUGUUGGAGCACCAUGAGCAGUUCCUGGAGCAGGUCAACCACUGUGUGCAGAACUGGCCGGACAUCCAGACUGUGGGGGACAUGCUGGGCGAGUCGUUUUCAAAAGAAAUCCUGGUCAGCAUCUACUCGGCCUACAUCGAUAAUUUUCUCAAUGCCAAGGAUGCAGUCCGGAUAGCAAAGGAAGCUCGUCCAGCUUUCAUCAAGUUCCUGGAGCAAUGCACUCGUGAGAACAAGGAGAAGCAGGCGCUGUCAGACCUCAUGAUUAAACCCGUCCAGAGGAUACCACGUUACGAGCUUAUCGUCAAGGAUCUGUUGAAGCACACUCCUGAGGACCACCCAGACCACAUGUGCCUUCUGGUUGCCCAGAGAAACAUCAAGCAGCUGGCAGAGAGGAUAAACAAGGGGAUGAGGAGCGCGGAGGAGGCCGAGAGAGACACCCGCAUCCUGCAGGAGAUAGAGUCUCACAUCGAGGGCAUGGAGGACCUUCAAGUUCCUUUCCGGAGAUUUGUGCGGCAAGAGAUAGUGGUGGAAGUGAAAGCUGUUGGGGGCAAGAAGGACCGAUCGCUCUUCCUGUUCACAGACCUUCUCCUCUGCACCACCCUGAAAAGAAAAUCAGGAUCCCUGCGGCGCAGCUCCAUGAACCUGUACACCGCAGCCAGUGUGAUUGACAUCUCCAGCAAGUAUAAACUGCUCUGGAAACUGCCCCUGGAGGAUGUGGACGUAGUAAAAGGAACAUCGCAGACCUCCAACAGGGACAGCAUCCAGAAAGCCAUCAGCCGGCUGGACGAAGACCUCAGCACCAUGGGGCAAAUCAGCAAACUCUCCGAGACCCUCAGCUUUCCACACCAGACUCUUGACGAUGUCAUCAAAGACAUGAUGGCGUCCGUCCAUCGAGAACUGGCCGAGAAGCAGUCCCUCUCCUUCUCCAUGUCGUUCCCGCCAAAUAAAGUGGAGCUGACCACCACCAAAGCGGACGGCACCGAAAGCUAUAUGUUUGAGUUCAGCAACCCGGACGCCAGGCUCCAUUUUGAGCAAGCCUUCGAGGAAGCCAAGAAGAAGCUGGCCACAAGCAAGAAUCGCUUGGAUCCAGAGUUUCUGAAGGCCAUUCCUAUCAUGAAGACCCGCAGUGGCAUGCAGUUCUCAUGUGCCUCUCCCAGUCAGAGCAGUCCUGACAACAUGUAUGAGGUCUGGGUGUGUAACAGCGAUGGUUACGUGGGGCAGGUCUGUCUGCUGAGCAUCAGGAACGAGCCCACGGUGGAGGCAUGCAUCGCUGUCUGCUCUGCCCGCAUCCUCUGCAUCGCCUCGGUGCCUGGACUGAAGAAGAAUUACAGCAGAGAGAGACCACCAGCCCUGAUGAAUCGCCCAUCGGAGCAGCAUCUGGAUGAGCCUCCAUCCCAGCAGUGCCUCCAUAUCUCCAUCUCCGGAUCCUCCCUGGAGCUCUCAGAACACACAGAUAGUGCCAGCCGGGACUUGGUGCCCUUUGACAGUGACGAUACAGACGAUGAAUCCUCUCCCAGCCCCUCCGGAACCCUCCAGAGCCAAGCCAGCCGCUCUACCAUCAUUUCCAGUUUUACGAAUGAAGAGAUGACAAGUGUCAAGGACACAAUGGCUGAGACCACCAGCUCUGAAGAAGAACAGGAGCCUGGGUUCCUGCCCAUCCCCAGCAACUUCAACCAGAAUCUGGACAGCGAGAGUCCCACUGAUGGGCCAGCAGUGAGGAGAUCCAGCCGAGGAUCCUUUACAAGGGGCAGCUUAGAUGACCUUCUGAGUAUUGACCCCGAGGCUUACCAGAGCUCCAUGUGGCUGGGGACCGAGGACGGCUGCAUCCACGUCUACCAAUCUUCAGACAACAUCCGGAAUCGUAAGAACAGCAUGAAGAUGCAGCAUGCGGCCUCAGUCAUGUGUAUCCUGUAUCUGGAUAAUCAGGUGUUUGUGUCCAUAGCAAAUGGAGAUCUCAUUGUGUACCAGAGAGAAGCAGGGAGUUUUUGGGACCCUCAGAAUUCAAAAACUCUGACCCUCGGUUCACCUGGAAGCCCAAUCACUAAGAUGGUGUCCAUCCUUGGGAAGCUGUGGUGCGGCUGUCAGAACAGGGUCAUCAUCUUGAACACAUCGUCCCUUCUUCAGGAGCACACAUUCCAUAUUGGACAGGAUCAGAACCGCUGUGUCACGUGUAUGGUCACAAGUAACGUGGGGAUGUGGAUCGCUCUGCAGGGAAGCGCCCAGGUUCGCCUUUAUCACGCCACAACCUUUGAGCAGUUGGCGGAAGUGGACAUUGCUCCGCCCGUGCACAAGAUGCUAGCAGGCUCCGAUGCCAUCAUCCGCCAGCACAAGUCGGCAUGUCUGAGGAUCACGGCUCUUCUGGCUUGCAAAGAUCUUUUGUGGAUUGGGACCAGUGCCGGGGUGGUUCUCACCCUGACCAUCACCUCCAGCACCAGCUCUUUGAAGGGCCCCAUCAGCCCAGUUGGACUCUCUCAAGGACACACAGGCCAUGUCCGGUUCCUCACAUCGGUGGAGUUACCUGAUGGAUUUGACGUGCACUUUCCUCUGCCUGGAGACCAAGGCAACGAACAAACAUGCGACACAGAAAAGAGAGACCCCACCCGACACCGACCAAAAUCCAAACUCCUGGUCAUCAGCGGAGGAGACGGCUAUGAGGACUUCAGGCUCACCAACAGCAGCGAGACUGUGGGCAGGGAUGACAGCACCAACCACUUGCUGCUCUGGAGGGUGUGAUGACCCCACCACACAGCACUCUUCUGAUCUCGCUGCUGCCCAUUACUCCGUCUUUGGCUUGUCUUUUGACGUAUUCCAUUCUCACACCUCCAUUGCCCCAUCCAACAUCUCCAUGACGCAGGGUUCCAGGAGCCAACUCCAGAGAGGUUUAUGAUGAGCGCCAGGGGCCCUCAAGUCCAAAGAGUCAAUGAACAAAGCGUGGAAGUUUCGGGUGGUACGACAGAGUACAACUGCCAAAGUGUCCAUGGUGAUGGCCAUACUGGUACUCUAACGUGCCUACAGCUGAAUCCUCAAGAUGGUGGGAACAUGUCGUCGGUGGGUUCUCACCGGCCCUCGGCACCUUCUAAGUCUGCAAAAAGGUAUUAACCACUGGUGAGUGAGCAGCGACUCUGGCGACACGUCCUACUGCUGUCCGUCAGUGCUUUGUCCGCAUUUUCCUACAGACAUUAUAGCAGUCGGCGGGUCCACCUUCGGUCAGGCCCAACAAGACCGAGCGUCCGGAGGGUCUGACUGCUCACUCCGAUUCUGUGGCUACAAAUAAACUGUGUAUAAGUGUUGCCGGCCCGGUUGGCCGCCAUUUUUUUUAAAUGUUCUUAUUUAUUGUCAAGUGAAAAACUUGUGUCCUGAAAAUUUUAAUAUUUUUUAGUGAGGUGAAACGGAUGGCGAUCUCUGCGUCUUGUGGUGAUAGAGACUCAAGAGACACUACUGACCUUGGGUUUAGAAAGACCAAAUUCAACCCGUUAGGAGCAACCAGUGACUCUGUGGGCGCGCUGAGAUUUGUAGUCCCCAUGCGGAUGAGGAGCUUACCCGUUGCUCUCGACUUGAUUCCAUCCGCUGAGACUCUCCAUGUCUAGAAGCUUUAAAGAGGGUCUGUUCUGGCAUGUCUGACUCGUGAGAUAACAAUCCCACCACAACACUGGGUUGGGUCAUCCCUCGGUUAUUCCUCCUGCAAAAAAAAUAAAAAAUGGUUGAGGAUGUGUCCCUGCACAGUCUGUCGCUGUCGGUGCCGAUCUGUGUAGAUUCACACAAGGUGGGUGGCAAUGUCAAAUGUAUCUCCAGGAGGAAUAACAGAGGAAUAGCAAACAAAAAAACUUAAGCAGACCAGACAGAGAAGAUCAGACCGAAUUUUAUUUUUUUAAUUUUUAUCUUUUAACAUGGCUGCUGCGUCUUUAACACGUACAGUAUAUGAUCGAUUGGAUGGCGUUAAACAUUGUGCCUUGUGUAAGUAUAGAGGAGAUACAGAGGAUAUUGUGAAUGUACAGAAUUUCCGCGGUGAUGACAUCACAGCCUCGGCAGAUACAGGGUAUUAAAAACAUAACAUGUAUUCUUGACCGACAGGGGGUUCAGAAUCCCCGGCGGCAUGGGAAGGUGUCGUCUGAUUGGACCAGAGUCUAUGCUACACAAUGAGUUGUCACAUAUUCAGCGUAUGCCUCUUCAUUUUACUUCUGCUUGGAGGCUUAUGACAUCACACAGAGACCAUUCCCCAACAUGUGAUUAACUUCUAAACAGAUAUGGGCGACAUCCCCUUUAAAAAAUAUAUAUUUUAUUUUAUUUUUUAUUUUUUAAUUGUUUUCUGUAUUAGCUUGUGCUCAGAGUGCAUUAACUGAACUUGACACUAGGUGGCGGUGCUGCUCUUCUUGUAAUCACCAGUCCAAAGUAUUGUCAUUUUGAUGCCGCAUGCACCAAUUCAAUUUUUUUAUUAAUGCUCUCUUGAACCGGGGUGUAUAGAGGAGAGGCGUAGCCUGCAGGGAGAUUAGAAUAUACACGGGUGAAAUGUCCGUUGUAGUUGAGGCUUGGAAUGGAUGGGGCCGGGCCCUCCUCUUGAGUGUUUACUCUACAUCAGAUUUUAUUUUAUUUUUUUCACCAUUGGACUCUUAUGGAUGGACGUCCAAUAGUUUAGAGAGUCCGGGCGCUGCAAUUUCUACUGCUGAAAUAAGAGGAAAAUCGAAAAAAGAAUGAAUUUUCGGAAGUAAAAAAACAUCUUUAUGUACAAAAUCCUCGAAACUCCGAGCUCCGUGUAAUAUCACAUUUUAUAGAAUCGGAGAAAUAUAUAUUUUAUUGCAUUAAAGUGUCUCCUCUGAGGAUGAUUUUAUCAUUUAUACCUAGGUCUAAUCCUCCGAGAAUGCUGAGUAACUUUGUACUUACCUUGCAUUAAAUAUUUUAUACUCCAGUCACAGCCAAAGCUGCAUUCACAAUUCUGCAGCCUUCCUGUUCGCUCUCGGGCUGUGCAGAACACUUGAAGUUCCUGCAGCGAGAGCACUAACAGGAGACCUGUUGAACUGUGAAUGCAGCUUUGGGUGUGACUGGAGUAGAAGGCAGGACGUAGCUGAAGAUCAGGGGAAGAGAAGUGUUUGUAUAUAAGUCUUGUAUGUGUAAAGUUACUCACCUUGUCUCUGGAUUGUAUCUGGACAAGCGAGGAGUCCUGCCCUUUUUGGGGAGGGUGUCUGCCCCUACAUAACGCCCUGUGCACGCUAUUCCAGGAUGCGCGGUGUGUAUAUAUGUAUCUAUAUUCCCUUUUCAUGGCACUUCCAUGACACGUUCACUGUUACAUUGUAUCAUAUAAAUAAAAUGGACCCUUUAUUAUACGAACCGACCACGGCCUCCUGUAUCAAUACGCUACGCGGGCGAAAACCGCGACUGAGGCGGUACUCUGCGCCAUAAGGCUGCGCACCAUAUACUCUGGAGAGGUGGUCACACAUGGGGGGGUCUCCACUGAAAUCAAUGAGAGUGAUCACAGCUGCUGGACCCCAGCUGAUAAAUCUGGGGCUGGCCUUUUAAAUUGUAUAGAUUUAAAAUUUAUAUAGAUCCCUCCACAGACAUUUUUGGAUACUACAAGGAAUCUUUUACAUUACAGGGUCAGGCUACAUCUAGCAGUGAGUAAAUACGUCUGUUGGCGCAGAUUGUUUUAUGCUCCAGUCACAUCCAAAGCUGCAUUCCCAUUCUCUCUCAUGCUGCAGGACUUGGCACUUCCUGAUUCUGGAAAGUGACCGCAUGGGAAGCUCUCCCAUCGGCUGCUGCCUUCUCUCCAGCAAAAAUGGGGGGACCAUCCCUUAGUUCCCAGGACUGGAGGUUGUGGGAAGUGACUGGACUACUGACAAUCAAAGCUGCUACAGGGCCCAGCAGUAGAGGGGCCCGUAUCCACUCUCAUAUGAGAAAAAAUAGAAAGGUGACCUGGCUAGGAUGCAGGCAGAGUACAGGUACAGCGUAUAUGUUCUGUUAAGAUAUACCUGAUUUGACCACAAGAGGGAGACAGAGAGGAACAAUAAGUUACUUGGGGUUAUGGGGGACGGAUGAAGGGUCAAUUGCAAGGAGAACAUAGAGAAGAGACGGAGCACGGAAAAGUUACUGCUAGGUGGAUUGACAAUUUCAGAUAGUUGAGGGAUGUGACAAUCAUGCAAGGAUCCAUUCCUAAUGGGGCUAAUCAUUUAAAGGAACAUUCAUUUUAUAAAUGCAUCUGGUAUAUAAAUGUGAUUAAAAAGAGAGACCUAAGAAUGUGUAGAUUGUGAGGCCCUUUUCCUAUUCCAGCCUAUAACCAGCCAGACAUGUAUGUAUUACAGCUAAUCGGUGAGAAAACAAAAAAGCGUCAUGUACUCUCUGCAGCAUAGGCCAGAAGAAAAAUCCUAGUUCUGCCCCUCAGUAAAUAUAAGAAAUAUCUAGUUCUGGGCACGAAGGAGGGGUGACCACGAACUUGGCCACCAUUACAGCCCCUACACGCGUUUGUCAUGCACUCUCUGCAGCAUAGGCCAGCCAGUAGAGGAAAAAUCCCAUUGCUGCACCUCGUGACUCUGAUAUCAUCAGUGAAUAAAAUAAUACUGGGGUGACCACCAAUAUGGCCAACAUUACAGCUCCCACAAGAGGUUGUCAGCCAGCUUUCCACAGACCACGAACAGCCCUUCUACCUGAUAACGCAGUGAUGCAUCCCUACUACUAAUGCCGAAUAGGCAGGUUUGUCAGUAGUGGCGGCCAUAUUGGUUGUCACUCAGUUUUUCAAGGACUUAUAUAUAUUUUUUAUGAAUGUGAUACAGAUUUAUAAUUAAAGCUGCCGAUUGCGUCCAUUUUACCGCAGGCGUAACCACGUGUCCUAUGGCGCCCACCAGAUAAUGAAGUUCCCAGUACAACUCUGCCAGUGCUGCUAUGUCUUGCACUGUAAUAAGUCCCCUCCAGCACUUACGGGGUUACAGAACGUCAUUUUUUUUGGGAGGGAGUAAGACUAUGGACCUUGAGUAUUGUACAUAGGAGCAGACAGUAAGUUGCCUUUCCUGUAAAUAAUAUUCUGAGUGUCUGAUUGUCCAAAUCAUUUUGAUGGCAUAUUUUUAUAUAUAUAUAAAUAUAAAAUGUCGGAAGCCUCCCACCCUCACAUAGAAGUUGUAACCACUCCGGCGCCUUCGGGGGAUGGGUAAUGUCCUCUUGGUGUAUUGUGUGAGUCGCUAUGACUGCCUUAUUAUAUUGUCUUAUUUUGUCACUGUGGAUUCUUUGUAAAUAAAGUUCACCGGUGUUGAAUCCUA